CAACAAAGUUUAGUUAUUCAAAGCUCUUUAGUGGAGAAACAUCGAUUUUUAUUAAAACCGCGCUUUAUCCAUAUUCGUGUAAAGUAUCAAUACUCUUCAUCAUGAAAUCCUUGAUUGUUUGGACAUUUUUGGCUUUGAUUUUGUUGUCCGCCACCAAAGCCGAGGAUGAGAAAAAAGAUUGUGGCGAUCCGGAAAAAGAUGGACAAGUUACGGCUUGGUUUAAAAAUGCCGGCUGCACCCUGAAACCCUAUGCCGACACAGUGGCCACCAAGGCCAAGGAAUUCGGCAGUACCGUGGCCCAGAAAUACGAUGAGGUGAAACACAAACUCACCGACAGCGAUGAGAAACAUGGUGAUGAGGCCGCAUCUGCUCCCGCCGCUGCCGUUGUAACAAGUACCGAAAAGGUGCCAUUGGCCCCCAUACCUGGUCACGAUGAUGCCUCGAAAUCCAGCACAGUAUCAGGGGCGUGAUUGUCCUGGUGGCCAAGUGAUGGAUUACAGAAAUCGGUGCCGUAACAAGGUGUAAUUUGUUAUUUUGUUAGUUUAGUUUUUUAUUAUUUUUUCAAUUCUCUUCUUUUGUGUAAUUGGUAUAAAUAAAAUGAAGAAAAAAAAACAAGAA